AUGCGCUUUACAAAAACCAGCGAUAAUCUUGGGGGAAGCUCAAGCAUUACUGGAAUUCGCAAAGAAUCAGAAAAGCAUCCACAUCAACCUCGUGAAGUUUGCAGGAGAGCCAGCUUUGGUUCUGUUGUUUUUCAAGAAAAUACAGUCGUCGAUCACCGGAACUUCCUGUCUAUUGCUGUAACGCGGGAUGAAGUAGGUGUACUUGACCUAAACUUCCAAGGUCGAUUUCGAUACUCACGAGCUGGCCUCUGGUACAAACUAGUUCAGGCCAAGACUAACAAACUAGAAAUUUGCAUUGUAACCAAGAAUAUCAUUGUGGAUGUCGAAUCAGCAGACACAAGUGAGCCAUUUUGGAAUCCCUACUGGGAUUGUCAAUUAUUAUCUCAACCUAAAGUACCUGCGUGGUAUUUUCACAAAACCAAACCAUAUCUUCCUCCACGCAUGAGAUAUGUGGAGCUCAAUGACGACACGCAAGGAAUCAUUGUUGGUUGCGGGUUAGAAGGUUUCAUGAACCUUGAAACCUAUGGCCAUAGUGGUAAACCCCACAACUAUGCUCGAACUAGGGGCAAAACUCCAGAACGCAUGACAUACAUUUUCAUUACUUCUGCAUGGAUUCGUGAGCUGAACAGUGCUUUAUCCAUUCGCCAGCCUGUUCUCGUGGUAAACACAUCCUUUGAGCGUACCUGUACCUUUGGGUAUUACGUGCCGAGGGAACACGAGCAUCGACACCGGUAUGAGCCUCUCGUUAUACAGAAUGCCUAUCGAAUCACGGGCUUCUGCUAUAGCAACAAGUUAAGUGUGUCUACACUACAAACAAAGAUUGGCGUUACCCACGAAGAGAAGCCGAUUGGACCACUAACCAAUCCACCUUGCCAAGACGAGUAUACUAUCCCUAACCAUUGGAUACCGCAGUGGUACGUGUCCUCUGCAUGUCUCUCUGGAGUUACUCACGUACGGAUGUUUGUAAAUAACAAAGAGUCUCACAAACCGACCAUGGGAAUGCUGCUCUCUUAUGAAAACCACCAGGAAUCAUUGGGACAGUACAGAUUCGAUUGCGAUGUCGAAGAUUACGACCUGACAGAACCCAUGUAUUUCUUUUCUGGGGACACUCAAAUUGGUCCUUACAUAAAGGUCAUUUGCAACGGCGAGGAGAAGCCGGACUGGACAGAAAUUCCUCGAACAGCAAAGCUUGUCUGGUGGUUCACAGCCGCUUGCUCGUGGCUAGAUGUCCUUCCAAUGUAG